UCUCCCAAAUCCAAUUACCGCGAUAGUCAGCCGUACCGCUCUACACGUUACUAAGAAACUAGAAAUAAUGGCUGAAGAACUAACGGCGUCUUCAUCGUCACCGGCGGCAGCGGCAGCGGCAGCGGCACUGACCGGGAAAUCGGACGGAGAGAUAGAAGAGAUGCUGGAUCGAAUGCUGACUCGUCUUGCUCUCUGUGACGACUCCAAACUCCAAUCCUUGCUUUCCAAGCUUCUUCCCAUCACCAUAUUGUCCCUUUCUUCUCCCUCAUCCGCUGUCCGAAACAGGGUGAUUGAGAUACUGAGUCAUCUGAACAAGAGAGUGAAACCUCAGCCUGAGAUUGGUUUACCUUUGUCAGAGCUAUGGAAUAUUUAUUCAGAAGCUAAUGCGGCUCCAAUGGUCCGAAAUUUUUGCAUUGUCUAUAUCGAAAUGGCGUUUGAGCGUGCGCCCACUAAGGUAAAAGAAAUUUUGGCACCCAUGCUUCUGGUGAAUAUUUCAAAGCUUCCUCACCAGCACCAAGAGAUUAUCCUUAGAAUCGUCACUAAGGUUAUUGGUGAUUGUCAUUCAAGACGAGUUGAUGAUGAUGAUGUUGUUGCAAAAUACAGGGCAGUUAGUGAUUCUAAGGAUAGAGAACUAUUUGUUGAUUUUUGCCUUCAUACAGUUUUGUAUCAACCAUCAUCUCAAAGUAGAGAAUGCUCACCUGGACUUUCAAUCUCUCAAACAAUUGGUGUUACAGGGAAGCAGUCUUUGGACAGAGAUGUUGUUUUAACAAGGAAGUUGGGGAUCUUGAACAUUGUUGAAGUCAUGGAGCUGGCACCAGAGCUUGUUUAUCCACUGUAUUUGGCUGCCUCUGUUGAUUUUCAAGACCCUGUUGUAAAAAGGGGCGACGAGCUUUUGAGGAAGAAGGCUAAUGGCACUAACCUAGAUGCUAUAAACCUCAUAAACAAACUUUUCUUGCUGUUUAAUGGGUCUGCGGGAUCUCAAAAUGUUGCUCCUGAGUCUAGGGUUACUCCUGGGAACCACACUUUGAAAGUAAAGCUGAUGUCCACUUUCUGCAGAUCCAUUACAGCCGCAAAUAGUUUCCCACCAACAUUACAAUGCAUUUUUGGCUGCAUAUAUGGAAAUGAUACUACAUCAAGGUUGAAGCAGUUGGGAAUGGAAUUCACUGUCUGGGUAUUUAAACAUUCACAAAUGAACCAGCUUAAGCUUAUGGGUCCUGUGAUACUGAAUGCAAUUUUGAAGUCUCUCGAUAGUUAUUCAAAUAUGGAGUCAGAUGCUACUGCUAGGGAUACCAAAACUUUUGCUUACCAAGCUAUUAGCCUGCUUGCACAGCGCAUGCCUCAACUUUUUAGAGAUAAGAUUGACAUGGCGGUACGACUUUUUGGUGCAUUGAAAGUGGAGGCGCAGUCUCUUCGCUUCAUUAUUCAAGAGGCAACUAUAUCACUUUCUAGUACGUAUAAGGGUGCACCAACAACUGUGUCAAAAGAUUUGGAGACACUUUUGCUGAAAAGUUCUCAAGAGGAACAAAGUGAAGUGAGAUAUUGUGCUGUGAGAUGGGCAACAUCUCUGUUUGAUUCACAACAUUGCCCCAGUCGAUUUAUUUGUAUGCUUGGGGCCGCUGAUUCUAGUUUGGAUAUCAGGGAAAUAGCAAAUGAAGGCCUUUUUUUAAUGAACGAUCAUGGGCUUAGGAUGAGUGGAAAAUCUGAUGUACAAUAUCCAAAUCUGGAAGCCAUGCUAGAUUUUAUUCUUAGACAGCAACCAAAGUUGUUAGACUCAUCUGAGAUGAGAGAACAAAGGCUUCUUUUUCCUUCAAAAACAUAUGUGGUUAUGAUUAAAUUCUUAUUGAAAUGCUUUGAGUCAGAGUUGGAGAAACACAAAUCUUUAGAAGAAUCGACUGUUCAAUCUGCUAUUGAAAAUAUGUGUUCGCUGCUAGAACAUGCUAUGGCUUUUGAAGGAUCUGUGGAAUUGCAUGCCAUUGCUUCCAAUGCAUUGAUUGCUGUUGGAUCUUGUGUCCCAGAGAUGAUAGCAUCUCGUUAUGCACUGAAAGUUUCAUGGAUAAAACAACUACUUAGUCAUGUGGAUUUGGAUACUCGUGAAUCUGCAGCCCGUCUACUUGGAAUAGCUACCUCUACUCUUCCUGUAGCCACAUCAUCUACUAUACUCAGUGAACUAAUUGCCUCAAUUCGUGGAGUACAGAAAUUGAGGUUUGAGACUCAGCAUGGAGCACUAUGUGCAAUAGGAUAUAUUACUGCAGAUUGCAUGUCUAGAGUGCCCUCUAUUCCAGAGGCAUUGUUUCAGGAGACACUGAAGUUUCUUGUUGAUGUUGUUAGUUCUGAGACUGCCACACUGGCUUCAGUUGCAAUGCAAGCAUUGGGUCAUAUUGCAUUGCGAGUUCCGUUGCCAUUACUUAUCAAUGACUCUAAUUCAGUUGACAUACUUACAAUUUUACAUGAAAAGUUGAGGGAGCUGUUAUCUGGGGAGGAUAUUAAAGCAAUUCAAAAAAUUGUUAUAGCAAUUGGACAUAUAUGCAUGAAGGAAACAUCAACUUCCCGUCUAAACCUUGCUCUUGAUUUGAUCUAUAGUCUUUGCCGAUCCAAGGUUGAAGAUGUUCUUUUUGCUGCUGGUGAGGCUCUAUCAUUUUUGUGGGGCGGGGUUCCUGUGACUGCUGAUGUGAUUCUUAAAACUAAUUAUAGUACACUUUCCAUGAGUUCCAACUUUCUUAUGGGAGAUGUAAACUUAACGUUAUCAAAGUACAGUACCAGCGAAACAUAUAUGGCUGAUGAAGAUUUUCAUUCCACUAUUAGAGAUGCGAUUACUAGAAAGCUUUUCGAUAAUCUUUUGUACAGUACCAGAAAAGAGGAGCGCUGUGCUGGAGCUGUCUGGCUAUUAUCAAUUUUAAUGUACUGUGGCCAUCACCCUGCCAUCCAGAAUAUGCUUCCAGAAAUUCAGGAAGCUUUUUCACACUUGCUUGGUGAACAGAAUGAACUCACACAAGAGUUAGCAUCUCAAGGCAUGAGUAUUGUGUAUGAACUUGGGGAUGAAUUGAUGAAGAAAAACUUAGUAAAUGCACUUGUAAACACCCUUACUGGUUCAGGAAAAAGGAAAAGAGCAAUCAAGCUUGUUGAAGAUUCUGAAGUUUUUCAAGAGGGAGCUAUUGGUGAAGGUCUAAAUGGUGGGAAACUUAGCACUUAUAAGGAACUAUGCAAUUUGGCAAAUGAGAUGGGGCAACCUGACCUAAUUUAUCGGUUUAUGGAUCUGGCUAAUCAUCAAGCAUCUCUAAACUCAAAGAGGGGUGCUGCCUUUGGGUUUUCUAAGAUUGCAAAGCAAGCAGGGGAUAUUCUUAAGCCACAUUUGCAUUCACUAAUCCCUAGGCUUGUUCGUUAUCAGUAUGAUCCUGAUAAAAAUGUGCAGGAUGCAAUGUCACAUAUAUGGAAGUCAUUAGUGGCAGAUUCAAAGAAGACAAUUGAUGAACACUUGGAUAUUAUUGUUGAUGAUUUGUUGAUUCAAUGCGGCUCUAGGCUUUGGCGUUCACGUGAGGCGUCCUGUCUUGCUCUUGCAGAUAUCAUUCAAGGACGGAAAUUUGAUCAGGUUGGAAAGCAUUUAAAAACAUUAUGGUCAGCAGCUUUCCGCACCAUGGAUGACAUAAAAGAGACUGUCAGAAUUUCCGGUGAAAAGUUAUGCCGUGCUGUUACUUCAUUAACUAUUAGACUGUGUGAUGUCUCUCUAACGGAUAUAGCGUAUGCAAGCCAGGCCAUGAACAUUGUUCUGCCUGUUCUACUUAAAGAAGGCAUAUUAAGUAAAGUUGACAAUAUCCGCAAGGCUUCUAUCGCAGUUGUAAUGAAGCUUGCAAAGGGUGCAGGGCUUGCUCUUCGUCCACACUUGUCUGAUUUAGUCUGCUGCAUGCUGGAAAGUUUGUCUAGCCUGGAAGACCAAGGUCUAAAUUAUGUCGAGUUGCAUGCAGCAAAUGUUGGAAUACAAACGGAGAAGCUUGAAAAUUUGAGAAUCUCAAUUGCAAAAGGCUCUCCGAUGUGGGAAACUCUCGAUCUAUGCUUAAAUGUUGUUGAUUCUGAAUCCUUAGAUCAAUUGGUUCCUCGUCUUGCUCAAUUGGUCCGAUCAGGAGUAGGUCUCAACACUAGGGCCGGUGUUGCUAGCUUUCUUAGCUUACUUGUUCAAAAAGUUGGCUCUGAUUUCAGACCAUACACUAGCAUGCUUUUGAAGUUGUUGUUUCCUGUUGUUAAAGAGGAGAAAAGUGUAGCAGCCAAACGUGCCUUUGCUAGUGCUUGUGCCAUAGUUUUAAAGUAUGCUGCACCAACUCAGGCCCAGAAGUUAAUUGAAGAUACUGCAACCUUGCAUACUGGUGAUAGGAAUGCUCAAAUUACGUGUGCAAUUCUAUUUAAAAGCUACUCAUCCAUGGCCUCCGAUGUUCUGAGUGGAUAUCAUACAUCAGUUAUUCCAGUUAUUUUUAUCUCAAGAUUUGAGGAUGACAAGAACGUCUCUGGACUGUUUGAGGAGUUAUGGGAAGAAAAUACUAGCAGUGAAAGGAUAGCCCUCCAAUUGUAUUUGGGGGAGAUUGUAUCUCUCAUAUGUGAGAGCAUUACUUCAUCUUCAUGGUCAAGUAAAAAGAAAUCUGGUCUUGCAAUUUGCAAGCUAGGUGAAGUGUUAGGUGAAUCCUUGGCUUCUCACCAUCAUGUAUUACUCCAAGCUGUUAUGAAAGAAAUUCCUGGGCGUUUGUGGGAGGGCAAGGAAGCUCUACUUAAUGCAAUAGGUGCUCUCUCCAAGUCAUGUCAUAAAGCAAUUUCGGGUGAUGAUCCUACCAUUCCUAAUGCCAUUUUAAGUGUGGUUUCCUCUGCAUGUAACAAAAAGGUGAAAAAAUACCGUGAAGCAGCUCUAUCUUGUCUUGAACAGGUUGUGAGGUCCUUUGGUAAUCCAGAGUUCUUUAAAUUAACUUUUCCAAUGCUAUUUGAGCUUUGCCAGUCGGCUAAUAUCAAUAAUUCUGGGAAAGUAACUGUGACAAGUGAUGCUGUUAAAUCUGAAAAAGAUGAUGUCGAUGAGGUUUCAUUUCCGAAUGACAAACUAUUGGAAUGUGUGACAUCUUGCAUUCAUAUAGCACAAAUAGAUGAUAUUCUUGAGCAACAGGAUAACUUACUUCACCUGCUGAUUACUUCCCUGUCACCUGGACUUCCUUGGACGGUUAAAAUAUCAACGUUUUCAUCAAUAAAAGAACUCUGCUUAAAGUUCCACACAAUUAUGGACGACUCCAAAGAACCCUCCAUAAAUGCUGGGGUAGCAUUUUUUGUCCAAAAGCUGUAUCAAUCAGUGCCGCCUAAAAUAGUUGAAUGCAUAACAACGGUGAAGAUUGCUCAGGUUCACGUAACUGCUUCAGAUUGUCUUUUAGAAAUCUUAAAACUAUAUGAGCACAUUCCAUCAGUGUAUUGGACAGCAAGUGUAGAUGUUAUGGACGAGCUUCUUCAAUUGCUUGAAAUGGAGAAAAAUGGGGAAGCUAAGUCCUUGUUGAAGAGGUGCAUUGACAUCUUUGAAAACCUGAAGAAUCAUCGUGUUCAAGGCACCUAACUCAAAAUUUAAGAUUCUUGUAACUUGGGACAUAGGAAUUCAUGUACAAACAAAUUGAAUCAUAGGAAUAACCUAUUUUUAAAAUUGGGGAAUUUGCAAUACAUGCGAUGAAAUUUAUAGAUAGCUUCGACUUU